CAAUUACUAUCAUUUGCUCAACUUUGUUUAUCAAAAUAAGUCAAGCUUUUUCGAAAUGAAUUCAUUUUUAAUUCUGUGCUUAGCAAUUGCUGCUGUUAACUGUGCUGAUCUUAAAGAAGAUCCCGUUCUUGUUCAAGAAUCAAAAAUUGAAGCUGAUGGAAUCUUCCAUGUUCGUCUUGAAACUGCUGGAGGUACCAAAAUUACCCAAGAAGGACACUUGAAGCACACCAGUGGUGUUGAAGAUAGUGAAGUUGUUGAAGGUGAAUUUUUAUUCAAGGGUGACGAUGGCAAGGAAUACGAUGUUAAGUAUACUGCUGACGAAAAUGGUUAUCAACCACAAGGAGAACAUCUUCCAACUCCACCACCAAUUCCAGAAGCUAUUCAACGUGCUUUGCAAUAUAUCGCUGCUCAUCCUUAUGUUGAACCAGCAAAGAAGGGUUAAGCACAAAAAUACUGUAACUUUUUGGUGGAAAAAAGACAUUUUUGGAAUUGGAUUUAAGCCAGAAUUAAAAAUGUUGUAAUCUGAA